UCUUCAGCGCGAGCGUGUGCAUCAUUUUCGAAUUCGGAGAAGCCAGAAAUCCAGCAUUAGCACUAUCAGUACUUAUAUAGAAAUAAAUAAUCAAUUUAAAUCAAUCAAUUAGAAGUCAAUCAGAGCAAACACAAAAUGGCAUUGUCCAAGAUCGAUGCAGAGAUCGAGCAAGUCGAUCAAGAGAAAUACCUGCGCGAGGCCACGAACUACUAUCGUGCUCUCGAGAAGCCCCUUAAGUAUGGCCCAGUUAUUGAAACACUGCAGGAUCUGAUCACGGCACUGCAUCGCGAGUUCGAAACUAACUACGUCAACAUGGAAAUGGUCAAUCAUUUGAUGCUGUCGUACAAGUCGAAUCCCAAGGAAUGGCGCAAAUAUGCCAAAUUCGAUCGUUACACCUACACCCGAAAUUUGGUCGAUGAGGGCAAUGGAAAAUUCAACCUGCUUAUCCUUUGCUGGGGUGAAGGACAUAGUUCCUCAGUGCACGAUCAUGCUGAUUCGCAUUGUUUUAUGAAAAUGCUGAAGGGAGAUUUGCGCGAGAAACGCUACGAGUACCCUAAUCGGCAAAAGAGCACCGGAAAUGGAGAUCAGCAGCAACAGCACGAACACGGUUCCGAGAUCGAUGAUCGCGAACUGGUGGAGAUUGGCGAAACGCCCAUUGCCGUGAAUGACGUGGCCUAUAUAAAUGAUAACUUGGGCCUGCAUCGAGUGGAAAAUCCCAGCCAUUCAGAAACUUCUGUAUCGUUGCACCUCUACUGUCCACCUUUCGACACGUGCUCGGUUUUCCAAAGUAACUGCAAAAGAACGCCGGCCAAAGUCACCUUCUGGAGCAAAUAUGGCGUUAGAACAAAACUGAAUGACCAAUAGACGAUUUUGAAAGUCACAAACAUCUUGUUAUAUAUUGUCUAAGUUCUUCUUUAUUACUGUUUGUUAUAUUUCUAAGACAAGUGUUUCCUUAUAUACUUAAAAUUGUUUAAAGUUAGCCGUAGGACUAAGCGAUUUUUCUAGAAUAUUACGUAAUGCCCAAAAAUAUAUGUACAUAUAUGUAGGUAAUUUAAAAAAAAAGAAAUAACAGCUGCCUAA